CGUUAAGUGUACAAUACGAGGGAAAUAUUCAAAAAAAUGCAAUUCCUUUGUCACGAAUUCGGUGUUAAAUUGGCGCAGAUUUUGCACCAUGGCAGCACGGUGGUGUUGUGGGAGGGGCAGGAGAAUCAGACACCCUCCACCACGAAAGGAACGUUUCUCUAUCUUCGCCUGGAUCGAUCAUCAACGGUGCUCACCUGGGUGAGACCCAGCUGGUCGGCGCUCAAAGCUGGGAACACCAAUGAGAGCGAUCCGUUUUCGCAGGAUUUCAACCUCAGCUUCAAUCCGGAGGACACUUUGGCUCCCGGAUUGCUCACUAAGCUGGCGUUGCAGAGUGCAGGGGAACAGAGCAUGGCCACUUUGGAUGAUGGUUUUCUGGAUUUGAUGUCCAUCAAAGAGGUGCAACUUGGAGGACGUGAUCUGGACAAGGACAGCGAGCUGGCAGCGGUGGCUCGUCGAUAUGGUUUGAAUCACGAACCGGGAAACGAAUGCGCCUUCACUAUUCUGCAUGGAAAUGGCCUUAGUGAUAAUAGACUGCUGUAUGUUGUGUGUCCUCCUUCUGAAUGCAG